UCUGGUGUAUUUGUAUGGACUUAAUUGAUUGGGUCAUCUGUGCUCCCACGUGUCUUCCGUAGGCGGAGUGGUUGUGUCCAAUCAGCGCUAGCGACAAGGUAGUCCACAGGAUACUUUGAACGUUGAUUGGUUAAAGAUCAAAACAUUAAGCGAUCCCGCCUUUACCCGGAAGCUGACAGUCACCUGACUUUUCCUUUUUUUCUCUUCUGUUUCUGUUAGCCAGCCCCAGUGCUAGCCAACUAAACUACCCACUUCCAUUACCUCUUCCAAUCCGUCCUGUCUUCUUUUUCUUAUUGAGUUAAAAUAACUCCUCGCCCAUCUCCAAAGUCAUGGACGAGACCAGUCCACUCGUCUCUCCGCUCAGGGACUCCGGCGAUUUCAGUUACUGUCCCACGGAGCCCAUCAGCCCCCGGGGCUCGUUCGGAAACACCCCGGGCUCGGUGGUGCGCAUCCCGGCGGGCAGUCCGGGGCGCAGCCGUGAGCGACAGCCGCUUCUGGACCGCGGGAGCUCGCCGCGGGAGCCGCACAGGAACGAGUUCCCGGAGGAUCCCGAGUUUAGAGAGAUCAUCCGAAAGGCCGAGCGAGCCAUAGAGGAGGGCAUCUACCCGGAGAGGAUCUACCAAGGCUCCAGUGGAAGCUAUUUUGUCAAAGACUCACAGGGGAAAAUCAUCGGAGUGUUCAAACCGAAGAAUGAAGAGCCCUACGGCCAGCUGAACCCCAAGUGGACGAAGUGGCUGCAGAAACUGUGCUGCCCCUGCUGUUUUGGCCGCGACUGUUUGGUCCUGAACCAGGGUUACCUCUCGGAGGCCGGGGCCAGCCUGGUCGACCAGAAGCUGGAGCUCAACAUCGUUCCCAGGACCAAAGUGGUGUAUCUGUCUAGUGAAACAUUCAACUACAGUGCCAUAGACCGGGUGAAGUCCAGAGGAAAGAGGCUAGCGCUGGAGAAGGUGCCUAAAGUGGGCCAGCGUUUCCACAGGAUCGGGCUGCCACCCAAGGUUGGAUCCUUCCAAAUCUUUGUUGAUGGAUACAAGGAUGCAGACUUCUGGCUGCGGAAGUUUGAAGCGGAGCCUCUGCCCGAAAACACCAACCGUCAGCUCCAGCUGCAGUUUGAGAGGCUCGUAGUCCUCGAUUACAUCAUCAGGAACACAGACAGGGGGAACGACAACUGGUUGCUGAAGUACGACUGUCCUAUGGAUCCUGGCAAUAGAGACACAGACUGGGUGGUAGUAAAGGAUCCCAUCAUCAAGCUGGCAGCUAUAGACAACGGCCUCGCCUUCCCCCUCAAACACCCGGACUCCUGGAGAGCCUACCCAUUCUACUGGGCGUGGCUUUCACAAGCCAAAGUUCCUUUCUCCCAGGAAAUUAGAGAGCUCGUCCUGCCCAAACUCUCGGACCCAAAUUUCAUCAAAGACCUGGAAGAGGAUUUGUACGAAUUAUUCAAGAAAGACCCUGGUUUCGACAGAGGACAGUUUCAUAAACAAGUUGCUGUAAUGAGGGGGCAGAUUCUGAACCUGUGCCAAGCCCUGAAGGACGGUAAAACCCCCCUGCAGCUGGUCCAGAUGCCCCCAGUAAUCGUUGAAACAGCCAGAGCACCGCAGAGAGCCAACAGUGAGUCCUACACACAGAGUUUCCAGAGCAGAAGACCCUUUUUCACCUGGUGGUAGGAGCUAUGCCGGGAAGAGAAGGAACAGCAGGAAGCCCGAGUGGGGAAAGGAGUGCGAAUGGAAGCGAUGCCUCCCUCCCCUUCGCUCCUCGUGGACAUCAUGGUUACUGAGGGUGAGCGGGUGGAGAGACAAGGCCAAAAGUGGAAGACGUUUUGCAACAUAUCGUACUUGUGUGCUGCUGUGCCUUGCAUGGAUGUCAACGAAGAGUUAACGCCGAAGUGACGAGGACUCUGUACCUUCCUGCCAGAGAGAAUUUCAGUGAGGUGUCAGACUCUUCUUUUGGACUCCUUGGUGCACAUCCACACCAGUCAAAAGGUGUUGCAUUCCAUGUUUAAUUUGUCUUUCAAACCUCUCUGCCUUUUAAUCUUCCCCUGCAGAUUUCCUCCCUGGGCUCGUGCCAUUCAGGGAAAAUCAGCUUUUAAUUUUGUUUUUUAACAAAAGGGUUCUUUUGGAUAAAAUAUUUAAGAACUGGGCUCUCAGUGGUGUUUAUGUCUUAACACAGUGAACUCAAGCCAUCUGAACUGGUUUCAAUAUUAGUCACUGAGCCACUCAACUGUUUAGCUGAGGAUCUGAGGAGGAUGGUUGGAAAGCAGAGGCACUUCUGGUGAAAGACACACGUUUGUCAAGCUGAGAGAAAUAUCCAUUUUUGCUUCUUCUUGUGGGUCGGACCGAAGUUAACAAGUAGCUUUCUGCUGUACUGAACUGACAUAAAAUGUUUUGUGACAAUGCACUGUAUAAUUUGUAUGUAAUAUU